GACUGACUGUAAGGGUAGAAGGUGUGUGACUAGGCUCGCGGGACCUGACGUACAGGCCACGCCCCUUCAUGCGCGGGCACGCCGAGGGUUAUUGAAGGAUAAGGGCGGCGCGCGGCCCUGACCCUGCUGCUACAGCUUGAGACACCCCGGAGUGCGAGUCGGAGUCUGGGUCUACCCGGUGUAUGUGCGGCAACAAUAUGUCCGCACCCCUGCCUGCCAUUGUGCCCGCCGUCAGGAAGGCCACGGCCGCGGUUAUAUUCCUGCACGGCUUGGGAGAUACUGGGCAUGGCUGGGCAGAAGCAAUGGCAAGUAUUAGGAGUCCACAUGUCAAGUACAUUUGUCCGCAUGCACCCGUAAUGCCUGUUUCCUUAAACAUGAAUAUGGCUAUGCCUUCCUGGUUUGACAUAUAUGGGCUGUCCCCCGAUGCUCAGGAAGAUGAUGCCGGUAUCAGACGGGCUGCGGAGAACAUUAAAGCUUUAAUAGACCAAGAAGUCAAGAAUGGGAUCCCUUCAAACAGAAUUAUUUUGGGAGGAUUUUCUCAGGGGGGGGCAUUGUCACUGUACACUGCCCUUACAUCAAGUCAGAAGCUAGCGGGUGUUAUUGCACUGAGCUGUUGGCUUCCACUGAGGUCUUCCUUUCCUCAGGCUGCUGUAAAUAGUGCCAACAAAGAUGUACCAGUUCUUCAAUGUCAUGGAGAAAGUGAUCCACUGGUUCCACUCUUGUUUGGUUCUCUAACGUCAGAGAAACUAAAGACUGUAAUAAAUCCAACACACGUCAGUUUCAAGACAUAUGCGGGGUUGACACACAGCUCGUGCACCCAGGAAAUGGCAGACAUUAAACAGUUUAUUGAGAAACAACUACCUCCCACUAAUUGAUCUUCUCUUAGAUGCCUUCUUGAAACGUAUACCAGCGACGGUCACUAUACUCUAAACCUUUUAAGCAAGACAGUAAAUUGUUGGAAAAAUCAUUCGCGGUGGAGGAAACCCAUUUUUUCCACUGGAACAGAGGAUGUCCAAGCCUAAUGUAGAAUUAGGAUUGAUUGUAAGCAGACAUCAAACUGUGUAGACGCUAAUAACCAUUAUUUCAAACAAAAUGUCUAACACUUCAUAGCUGAGACUUCAUUAAUCUACCAUAAAGAACCAUGGGGCAUAAACCCAA